AUGUGUGCAGCCAUGUAUUUGGAACACUAUCUAGACAGUAAGUCAAAACAAUAUUUUUAUUUAACGCUUUAAAUGUCGAAAAAAUUAGAAUUUUCUUAGUGUAUAUGUUUUUUUAAUGAAAUAUAUUUUCAUGCGUUCCCGCCAUUUUAUAGUUGUUUGGGUAUAUUGUUUACUUGUGGGUACUAGUCUCGGGGUUUUUUAUUAUAAAAAUAAUUGUCCAAAUUAUGGUAUUGAAUUAAAAAAAAUGAAUCUUAUAUUAUUUUCCCAAUAAUUUUCCUAAAAUUUAUACCCAUUCUAAAUAUUUUACUAAAAUUAACAUUCUAAAUAUGUUAGAUGUGUCCUUUAUAUGCAUGUGUCAUCAGCUUUCCCGGGGGUGGGGACCCUGGCCUAAUCAUUGUAAAUGAGGGGACUUUACAGGGGUAUUGAUUGGGGCGUUUCAGAGAAGAUCCAUACUCCCCCCACGGAGGAAAUUUCUGCCGUCCAGAGGGGGAGGGGAGAAAAAAUUGUUUCUGAUAAUAGUAAAUGUAUUAGGACAUUUGAAGGAGGUAGGGGGGUUAACUUCCUAUUUCCUCCGUGGGGGUGGUAUGGAUGUUUUCUGGAAUGACCCAUUCUAAAAUUGCUCUGUGAUCCAAGGGAAUAUCACAACAUUGGCGAAGAUCAAGCCCUUGUCCGGGAGAAAAUACCCGGGGAAAUAAAAAAUAUGGUCAGUGGUUAAUAUGGAAUUCGUCAUGUAAUCUAAUAAUAAAUAUCAAUGUCUAGCAUAAUGUCCGUAUAAUUAUAGCCAUAACAAAGAGAGAUAUGAAAGCUCCCUAGAUAAGCUUCGAUGCUUUUGGAACAAUUGCAUAAAGUUUUUCAUAAAUUUAAUUAUUUUCAGAACUAAUGUUUUGUCUUGCACUUGAGACAUCUUAAGAGUAAAGAAUGAUAUAAAAUUACAAAGUUAUAUAUGCAUGAAUAAAUUACAACUAAUAGACCUUAUUCAUAAAUCGUGAUUGAGGCCUCGUAUCCUAGGAAACAGGAAUAAACGCGGGAAAAUUGACAAAAACUUUUUUUGCUCGUAGCUUUUGUAGCUUCCCUUGAUGACUUUAAAAUUCUUUCAUCUUCCUCUGACGAGCUUAUGAUCCACGAAAGGCUUCUCAUUUCCAAACUUAAACCUUCCCUGAACGUACAAGGCAGUUCAGUCCUUCUUCUUUUGCUCUAACCCCUUUCUAUAUCCUAUGUACUUCCACUUCCUUUCUUCCUUAGAUUAUACUGUACUUGUAAUUCUAUACUCUGUAAUUCAGGCCUCAUUAACAUUUUUUUGUGCCUGCGAGCGAAAUUCAAAAUGUGCCUGCAAAAACACAUCUUAUUUAGAUUUUGUGACUUAAAUAUUGUGAAAAUGUCAGUAUUUUAAAAUGUGCCAGCAAAAAUUCAAAGGUGCCUUGUCAGUAUUUUAAAAUGUGCCUGCAAAAAUUCAAAGGUGCCUGCGAGUGGCGCUCACGCUUUUAUUGAUGCCUGCUGUAAUUAGUUGUUAAGUAAUUUAUUCAUACAUAUCUAACUUUAUAAUUUUAUAUCAUUCUUUACUCUGAAGAUGUCUCAAGUGCAUGAUGAAACGUUAGUUCUGUAAAUAAUUAAAUUUAUGAAAAUUUUUCUUUGUUAUGACUAUUAUUAUACGGACAUUAUGCUGGGCAUUGAUAAUUAUUAUUAGAUUACGAUAUCAUUGUUCCAAUUUCAAAAAUACACAUGUCUUUGGCCGCAAUUUUAUAUAAGAAUUUUAAUCUAGUAUGUGCAUCGUGUCCUAAUUUUUUAAGCCAUUGAUCCGCAAUGCGCCCCAGUGCGCCCUACUGAUUCUUUUUUACUUGUCUAAUGCCAGAUGAUUUUACUCCUCAAUGGGGAAGCUCUGCAGUUUAAUGGGUUAACCAAAAAAUCUGACAAUGUUUCUAGUUAACCCAUUGAGCCGCAAUUUACUCGUACUUAUUUUUUUCUUGUCAUAACGCCAGACUAUUUUACUUGUCAAUGGGGAAGCUUUAUAAUGGGUUAAAUAUGCUUUUCAAGCAUAUAGUUUGAGGCUACAGCAAGAAAAAGGCUGUUGUGGCAGAGAGCUUGACAUAUCUACUGAAAAAAGGAACGUUAUUUAAACAAAUAUUUUAUGUUAAUUUGUGAGAUGAUUUGCAUAUGCACAUUUUGUAUUUGUAUAUUUAUAAUCUUAUAAAUAUACAUUGCAUUUCUAAGUAGAAUAACAUCGUGUACUUUGUUUACGCGUUCAGGUUGCACCUGAAACUGUUUUUUUUUACAAGUUUACAGUAUGUGUAAAAUUACUCCAUUCAGAGUAGAAUUGAAAUUACCUAAUAAUAAACAUUGUUGGCACAGAGAGUUUUUAUUUGUUACAAAACACUAAUAAAUGAGUAUUUAUUAGUGUUUCGUAACAAAUAAAAACUCUCUGUGAAACUAUUAAAAUUAAAAACUUCCCCUAGGGGAGGGGAAAAGUUGAAUAUUCACCUGCAUUUUAACCCCACAGACAAGGGGAAUUAACAAUGUUUUCAACACAAAUUGCCGUCAAAGUCCCCAACCCAGGCUCCCCACCCCCGGGAUGGCUGAUGACACAUGUGCAUUAGGUCUAGAGGUUUGGAUGUGCGCAAUAUACAGUCUCGGAUGUAACACAUGUUCUCUAAUAGUUGUGCGUCCUAAAAUGAACAUGAACGUUUUUGAUAACAAACUCAUUAGCAUUUUAGCAAUCAAACUUUUAAGUCCAGUUCAUCAGUUCAUAACAAUAAUAUACAGGGCAUUUGUAGUCUUCUUAGCUUAAGGGGGCAUUUAGAAUUCCUCUUUAAUUAAUUAGUUGCUGGAAAAAGUGCACUUUUAUUCCACAAAAAGAGCACAUUUUCUCUUUGCAGAAAAAGUUGUCCUCUGGAGCCUGGAAAAUUACAUGGGCUUUUAUACGUCUAGUGAAUAUACUUUAAAAGCAAUUAUGUGACAAAAAAUAAAACAAUCAGAUGGAUUUAGUCAAAACAAUGUGUCAAACAGGCUGCUUCAUGUCUUUUGUGACUGUCAUUGCUGCACGAAAUGGGAUUCAAAUUAUUCCUAUUUGAAACACAGUGAUUACCACAAUUAAAAUGUCUGCCAACAGUCUGGUUGCCAAUCACUGCCAAGUCAAAAAAAAAUGGCAGGUGAAAUUCUAUAGAUAUUAUUUCAUUUCAUUUGCUUACCACAACUCAUAAUCUCAUAUAUACUAGAUGUCUAGAUCAUUUAGUUGACUAAAUACGUGUUUACUGUAGUAAAAUAGAAAAGUUUAAAAAUAAUAAAUAUGCAUAUCAUGAAAACAUUAAUUUUUACAAUAUGACUCGAUCUUAUGAGACAUUGCAGCCAUUUUGGCAGUACAAUGAAUAAAAAUGGCAGGCUAAAAUUUAUUUCACCUGCCAUAAACCCUUAGACUGACAGGCCAUAUUUUUUCUGUAAAUUGAGUCCUGGUCGCUGUGGUACUGUAGAGAAUCAAGUUGAGAAAAUCUAAAGCCAGUUUUUUUGUGAAUAUAGGUAUUGAAAAUUUGCCGUAUGAACUGCAAAGAAACUUCACCCUCAUGCGGGAGCUUGAUCAGAGGACACAAGGUGAGAACCACAAUGACAAUAUAUUUUAUCAGAGGUGGAUGUACUGGGCGCACCCCUCCUACUCGUGUCCAGGACACUCUCGAAGAAUACUCAGGUAUUCCAUACUCCAUAGGUUUUCUUUUUCAUAUCUAAAAGAUCAGGCUUUUAGCUUUCAAAUGACACCUUUAUCUAAUGAUUGUGGUAAUGAUCGGAUGAAUUUGCACUUUCCCACCUUUGGGAUUUAUAUAUUCUUCCAAUUUUCGAACAUUUGCCCAAAAGAUGUUUGCCCAUAGUAUGAUAGUAGCUACAGUGCGCUUUAUUUUGUGCCUGUUUGUGUGGACUGUCGAGCGUGUUUGUAACUUCAUGAGACAAAAAAGUUUUUUGCCCACUGUACUGUACUCUAUUUUAUUAUUUUAUUCUGUCUACUGCGAGAGACGAUUUUACUCUGUCUAAUGCCAGACGAUUUUACUUGUCAAGGGGAGAGUGCUGCUACUCAGUCACAGUGGAUCAGGAUUUAAGUUUAAUUGUAACCAGCUCAAUAAUCAUAGGAGUACCAGUCAUGAUCUUUGAAGAACUACAGUAAAUAAUUUUGGCUGUACACCAAGAAAAGGCUUAGAAAUUGACCUACAAUCUUGUGCAAAAUAAACGAGACACUCCAUGCUCCCGCACCCUUCUCAAUGUUGGUUAGCGAUUGUUAGAACCGUUUCAGGCCUUGCUUUUCAAUUUCGACUUCAAAUCGCAACAUUGGAUGGGGGAAAGGGAGAUAAGCCUUACAAAAUCAUGAUGGCACGUUUUAUUUUGCAAGAGAUUGUAGUCGAAUUGACAUGAGCAAAUAGACAGGUCAACAUUGAUUCAGGUCCUACUAAACACCGACCGCGGGACCGACCGUGCCAAUAAUUUGCAACAAUAAUUUCACUCUCUUCCGACCGGGACCGUCCGUGCCAAUAAUUUACAUGAUUUCGCAAAACUUUUGACAAAAAUUUUCCGGGCUAUUUUUGUCAAAAGUUCGGUAAAAUUAUCUGAAUCUUCUAUGAACAAGAGAACGCUGAUAAACCGAGUUUAGAAUGCAAUAUUAACAUCUAACGCACUCGAGCUUAAGCAAGCAAUUCUUUGGAGGGUGUAGCUCUGUUGGAGAGGUUCCGGCUGCUUAGUUUACUCGGCAAGCCGGCUUACGAUGAACUCCAUUCUGCGCAGCUGUCUUCUCGGUAGAAGAGACUUUCAGCCAUCCCAGCAUGCCGACUUGACUGAUAUCAAUGAUGCCGAGAAUUAGCCUCUCCAAGGACAGAGCUAACGUCACACCACAGGUGGAAACGGAAUUAAUAAAUAAAAUAGUAACAUGAACGUACGAGAUAUCUUACCUGGUAAGCAUACAAAGCCGAGCACAACGAACUAUAGGCACCUACCGACCAAAGGGAAACCAAAAAAAAAACGCUGGAUAACGCAGGAUACCAAUCUAAAAGAAAUCACCCGGACUAGCCGGAGAGCAAGCCCGACGAGCGGGUGCGGCAUAAUGCAAAAACGAACACAACACGGACAUUGCUAGCAAGGAUGACAAAAAGGACUACCCCCACCAUUUACACUGUGCCAAGGACACACACAACAGAGAAUAAGCACUUCACGGACAGACAAAAGGACGAAUGGUGAGGGGACAAACGCACGUACAAGCAGACGAACAAAUCACGAAAUUAAAUAUGCUGAUGCACAGAUACACACAUCGGCAAGCAGCCGAACACCCGGCAAGCAGCCGCACGGGGAGGGGACAAUAGCCUGAGAUCGAGCAAACAGCCAGAGGGGGGGGGGAGGCAGGCAGGCAGCCCAUGGGACCGGCAAAGAGCAGCCGGAGGUAAACCGGCAAGCAGCCAGCAAGCACAGGCAAGCAGCCUGAAAACAAAAACCCGGCAAGCAGCCGGCGCCACCGCAGGCAAGGGGGAAACACUAUCGGGUGGGUGGGUGGGUGGGAAAUCGAGUUCACAGUGUGAGAAGCAGUAUGCAAGUGAGCACAGCCCGUGAGUACAGCAAAUGGCAAACUCCCGCCCGCUGACAACAGACUGCUUCUGAUUGGUCAAUGAAAUUGAACCCUGCAUAAAUGCAUAAUUUACAUAUUAUAACGACCCACAACACAACUCGUGCUAGAAGUUAACUAUUUUUAUUGCAUAAACACAUUUAACAUCUAACGCACUCGAGCUUAAGCAAGCAAUUCUUUGGAGGGUGUAGCUCUGUUGGAGAGGUUCCGGCUGCUUAGUUUACUCGGCAAGCCGGCUUACGAUGAACUCCAUUCUGCGCAGCUGUCUUCUCGGUAGAAGAGACUUUCAGCCAUCCCAGCAUCCCGACUUGACUAAUAUCAAUGAUGCCGAGAAUUAGCCUCUCCAACGCCACCCUCCAGCGCAGCUGGAGAAGGGGAUUCGAGGCACGAACCCACUCCAAAGGCGUUCCCCAACCCCAAACAAGUCUCAAACAAAGUCACGAGCAGUUUGGAGAAUGAUGUGGGGAGGCGUCCGAAUAUAGCGCAAGUAGCAAUCACUGGACCAACGACCCAAAAUCUUGAUAACAUGGUCCGGAACACCCGCCAGAGCGGCCGAAGUAGCCGCACCAAUACGAAAACUGUGGCUAGAAUAAUUCCCAGGAACACCUGCAGCCUUGAGAAUGAAGCGGAGCCAAGCAUGAACCAGAGACGGCAACAGAGGCGCACCAGUGACGCACAAAAACAAUGAACCAGGGAACGAACCGCGGAUGGCCAAAUACCGAGACAGCGCAGCAACAGGACAAAUCUGGUGACCCGAAGGCCCAAUUAAGAUCGUGCAUCCCUGGUGAAAAGGAUCCGUUUUGGACGACUUUAAAAACAAGCGAUAGUGUCCCGCAGUAUCCCACUGAAUGUCGCUUGAAGACAAAUGGCAUGACGGGACGUAUACACCGGGACAGGUAAACUCGCUAACACGUAGAAAACCGAAAAAAGCGGUGCAACAUGCAGCCCAAAACAUCACAUGGUCAAACGCCGUCUGAGCGGGCCAGGUCGCAAAUAACAUCAACAGCCAUUCCGACGACGGAAAAGACGGAAGGUCAAAAGUCGAACAAACUGGAAAUAGGCGCGUCGACCAGCAGCGUAAACACGGCGAGUGGAUGGAGCCAAACCUUGGGCCAACAAACCAAAACACUGGUUGAUCAAGCAGGCGGUACCAGGCGCGACAACAGGACGGUGGGAUUGGAAGGGGAAGAAGAUCGGAAUGAGGGGCCACACGACGAAACUCCUGUAAGCGCAAACGAGACAAGGCAUCAGCGGCAGAAUUAUCUCUGCCAGGGGUGUGGGCAGCCAAGAAAACAAAAUUAUGGCGGCAGGCUUCAAGCGUGAGCAAGCGCAACAGAUGCAUGAUAUCGUGCGACUUGGACGUGCCAGAAUUGAGGACAUUAACAAUCGCCAGAUUGUCGCACAAAAACUGAACGCGAAGGCGAGACCACGCAUGGCCCCAAUGAUGCGCCGCGACGACGAUGGGAACCAACUCCAGAAAGGCAAUGGACAUGCGCGUAGAAAGAAAAAAAAACCAGGAGCUGCAAAACCACUGCGUGCGCCAUAGGGCUCCAAAACCGCAGGAACCUGACGCAUCGGAUGAAACAACUAGAUCAGGUAACUGGGACACCGCGGGCGAAAGAAAAAAGGACACUCCGUUCCACUCCUGGAAAAAAGACAGCCACCAUUGUAGGUCUCUACGAAACUCAACAUUCAAGCGAAUGGGAUGGUCGCGAUGACGAAAACAGCAUAAUAGAUCGAUCAUGCGGCGAAGAAAGGUACGACCAGGCACCACAACUCGGCAGGCAUGAUGAAGGGAGCCAAUCAAGGACUCCAAGUCACGACGCGUACACGUUUUCUUACGAGACCACGACUGGAGAAGCCGCAGGAUGCGAUCGACCUUGUCACGGGGCAAACGAGCUAACAGCUGUAUGGAAUCCAACUCGAUACCGAGAAACACCAGAACAGUGGACGGGCCCUCGCACUUUUGCAAAUGAAAAGGGAGACCCAAGCGGGCAAACACGGUAA